GUUAAACUGGCACGUCGGGCGACAUUUUCGGCACAGCAUCAUCAGCGCUGACGUGGGAGCUACGUGAGCGAAGGCACAGGCCGUCCACCCAUACUGUCACUAGUGACGAGUCAGACUACGUAAAACUUCGGUGACCAUGGAUACGUCAGUAUCGUCUCAGCUGGACAGCAGUUUAAAUGACACAGUGACAGAUGGAGAGGAGAAUCACACUGAAGCUACUCCAUCUCCUGCUGCCUCCACUCAGGCUUCAGUGGACCACGAGGGCUCUGCGGUGACUGUUGUCCAGUUAUCUGAUGGACAGACCAUACCGGUCCAAGGUGUCAUCCAGGCCCCUCAGACCUCAGUUAUUCAGUCACCACAAGUCCAGACUGUCCAGAUUGCUACUGUCGCAGAGCUGGAGGAUGACGAGUCGGUUACAGACACGCAGAAAAGACGUGAGAUUCUCUCCAGGCGUCCGUCUUAUCGAAAAAUUUUAAAUGAACUUUCAUCGGAUUCGCCGGCAGUUCCUAAAAUCGAUGAGGAGAAGCCGGAGGAUGAGAUGCCAAUCUGCAGCAGCCCUUCAGCAUCAGUGCCAAACUCCAUCUACCAAACCAGCUCAGGACAAUACAUUGCCAUUGCUCAGGGGAGAGCCAUCCCACUCAGCAGCCCUGCAGCUGAAACCAUUCAGGGGACCCAGACUCUGAUGGUCACCAGCUCCCCCACCCCACAGCCUGGUGCCGCUCUCCUACAGGCUGGAGACUCCCCGCAUCAGUUUUACAUCCAGGGAGGACAAGUGCUCAUCCAAGCUGCCACCGGAGACAUACCCGCAUACCAGCUUCGUUCGCCUAACUCGGGCCUGGCUCAGAGCAUUGUGAUGGCUGCAUCUCCGAGCAGCAUGCAGAGCCCCUCAUCAAUGCACACCGAAGAUAUCACCCGCAAGAGGGAGGUCCGGCUGAUGAAGAACAGGGAGGCAGCACGUGAGUGCCGCAGGAAAAAGAAAGAAUAUGUCAAAUGUCUGGAAAACCGCGUGGCUGUAUUGGAAAACCAAAACAAGACCCUGAUUGAAGAGCUCAAAGCACUGAAGGACAUAUACUGCCACAAAGCCGAGUAGCAGAUGCUGCUUGUGGUCACAGGCUGAAGACAGUUUACAAACUGCUGCAGCAUUAUUUAAAAAAAAAAAAAAAAAAAAAAAAAAACAGACUUCAGAACAAAAACUGCUUUGAUCGUCUUUGUUUCUCUGCUCACUCAGGCCAGAUUUACGCCAAAUUCGGAAGGGUCGUGGGAAAUUCAAACAGCUCGAGCUUGCCAGUUUUGCUCUUGUUCUUUUCCUGUGUUCUUUGCAUGUGAAGACUCAAGUGUUGUACACACUGCGCUUGCCGUCGCUGCCGCGCACAGGAGGAGAGGCCAGCCAAUGAAAGCCAGUCAAAGAAGAGGAACAGGAAGAGGAGGUACAGGUGCUUCCUGAAAAAUGUUGACUUGCAAGUAUGAAAAAGACGCAGAAGGAGGAAGAGGGGAAAGCGGGGUUAGCCAUGGCUGGCAACCAGCAAGUGUCUCCGAGGUCAGAUGAAAGCCACACAGAUCCACCACCAGCUGCAACAAGCCAACUUAAACCGUGUUUACCUGAUAAAGUCACAUGUGUGUCAUUUACGCUUGUGUUUUUGGUUGUUGCAUUCCCAUCAUGUAAAAGCACAUUGAAGGAGUAUCAUCGAGUGUGUUCUUAAUGAAGUGCAUUUCAACAUUUUUCAGUUUCUUAAGGAGUUUUUGGUUUAGGUGAAAAAGAUUUAUGAUGAAAAUCAAAGCAAGAAGUUUUUUUUUUUUUAAACAAAAUGUCAAAACAAUAUGUCAGGACAAUGUAGAGGGGCAUUACCUAACUCUAAAUUUUAGAAUAAUAUAUUUUUUCUUAUAAAAUUGAUUUAUAGUAAAAUAAGAAAUGAAUGAGCACAGCUGCUCGUGAGUCAAAGCACACAAAGUAAAGAAUUCUCACUGAGAAAAUUUAUCAUUUAAAUUCACUUAAUAACUUCGAUGAAGCAAAUAGUUAAUCUUUAAAAACAAAAAAAAAAUCCCCCCAAAAACCUCAAAUACAUAAAGAUUUUCCAGUCAUGUGUGGCCCCAACAAUAACAGUUCUUCUUUACUGUUGAGGGAGCACCGCUUUUUUUAUUUUUUUUAUUUUUAUUUUUAAAUUAUGAAUAUCUGCUUUGGAGAAAAAAAACUGUAUUUUGGCUUGAUAUGGAAAUGCUCUGUUUAAAGGGUGACACCAGUUUCUUAACUCUGUUUUUGUAAAGACAGUUUAUUUUAAAUACAUAUAACACAUCAGCUUGUGUUAAUAUUUCUGCUGAUAUAUGAAACUGCUUACUUUUUCUGUUUCUGUUGGUGUAGUAUUUGAGUUUGUUUUAGUUUUUUCUUUAAUCAUGUAUAUAAUGGACUUAGGCUGCCAAAGCUCCUCUUGUGAGAUAUUUAUCCACUGUUAAGUUCAAUGACUGUAUGAGACACCCAGUGACAGUCUCAGUAUUUAUAAGUCUGUCUAAGUUUGUUUUCUCAGAUGAGCACCCACUCAGCUAAACUCUUUAAAAAAAUAAAACAAAAAAUUAUGAUAAAAAUUGAGGUUCUUGUUGAGGAUUGAUGCUUUUUCCAGCACUUAGCUAAAUCCUUUCUCUGUGUUCUUUUCUCGAUGUACUCUUGUUUGAAUUGUACAAAUGUUUUUGUUUAUCUAAUAAAAUGUUCAAAUCUG